CUCUGGGAAAAUGCUGCGUCGUCGAUGAAACCUGCGAUGUGAGCAUCAUGUUUUCCUCGCGCAGAGUCCUACAAACGCAACUACGCCUUCUUCGGAACAAACCGCUAUUACCAUGUCGAUAUACACUUCGUCCGUCGAGGAACACCAGCACUGCCGCCCAUGAACCGAUACCUCAACCGUCGCGGUGGCCGCGACGCCUGGCCUACAUUGCGAUUUUCGGUAGCCUUGGGAUUGCUGCCGGAAAGUGGAUGGAUAGGAAGCUCGCACCACCGCCAUUUCCCGAUACAGAGGAAGAUCGCGAAAAACUAGAAGAAAUCCGCUACAUCUACGAGCACGGGCUGCCCAUCGUGAAGGAACUGCGAGAGAACCCCGAUUAUAUAGAGGCUGAUGUAUACGGCAACUAUUCGAAGGAAGAUAAAUUACAGAGGCUGAGUUCGGGUGCUUUACGAGGCAGCCGAGGACUUGCAUUUCAGAGAAUAUUCUACAAUGAUAAAGAGAAGGAGGCCAUCAAUGUCGCAUAUGUCGGACCGGGAUUAGAAGGAUGGCCGACGGUUGUUCAUGGAGGUGCUCUGGGGACCGUGAUCGAUGAGCAUCUAGCCCGAGUCGCAAUCAGACAUCUUCCACAACGCACGGGAGUCACGGCCAACCUGCAGCUCAAAUACCGUGCCCCGGUGUACUCGGGUAACUUCUACACCUUCCAUGCUACUCUGGAUGAGGAACGGAGCACAGAACGCAAGGCAUGGGUGAAGGGGGAAGUCCGCGACCCUAUGGGACGAUUGUGUAUCGAGGCUUCCGCCCUCUUUGUAGUCCCCAAGACCUAUAAGCUUCAAGAGGUUGGAGAUCGCUACUGACCGGGCAGCGUUGGAAGAUACUGCAUGCUUUUGGUCUGGACGGGCCUUUGGGGGGCCAUGCAGCCGUAUCCUGCCUAGCCAGGGUCGUGCAAGGGACGACCCUUCCUGGCUGGGACUUUCUUAGCAUUCUCGCCACUUUGGGAGAUUGUUAU